AUGCCGGCUCCGCGCCGGCCGCGCUGGGGCCGCCCUUCCGGGGAGGGCCGAGGGGCGGCACCCGGCCGGGCGGGAAGGGAAGCGGGGCCGGGAGGCGGGGGAUUCCUGCGGGAAGCGCUGAGCCCCGGCCGGAGCGGCCGCGCGUUGUUAGCGCUGUGUUUUCCCGACGAGCGGCCGAUGCCCUGGGGGAUGGAGCGAACGCACCGGCUGGAGCUGUUCCCUGACCGCAGCGUCACGCUGCUGCUCUUCCAGCACGUGAAAAAUGCCGCCGCUCUGCGGAAAAAAGCCAUGGAAGGGUCCAUUGAGGGAGCUCUGCUAAACCCUGCCUUGAUUGUAGAUCCUUUUCAGAUUCUUGUGGCAGCCAACAAAGCAGUUCAUCUACAGAAGAUAGGUAAAAUGAAGACCAGAACACUCUUUGCAGAAAUUAUUUUCAGCCUUUCACCAAACAACAAUAUUUCAGAUGCAUUUAAGAAGUUUGGCAUUUCAGACAGCGACACAGCAGUACUCAUUGUGCUGGUCGUGGAUGGAGACAAGAAUGUAAAUCUGGCAGAUAUAGCAUCUCAGGUGGAAGGCCAGCAAGUUUCCCUAGAUGAACUCCCCCAGCUAACAGACAUAGCCAAAGUUAAAAAGAUGUACAAAAUCACUCCCCAGGAAGAAAAAAUCGGCACCUUAUUGGAUAGUGUUGUUUGCAGAAUGUCAACAAAAGAUGUUUUGUGAAAAGGUGGAAAUAAAUUUCGGAGGAAGUGAAGUAGCACUGAGUAGUGUGAUGACAUCUGGGCCUUAACCAAGCUUGGACACAAGGGUAGCCUGAGCUGUGUUCUAAGUACAGAGAGCAUGCCAAGCAGAAUUUGCCAUUGACAUUUCAGUCCUUUUUCAUAACAAGGGAGAGUUCAACUUUAAGCUGAAUUUAAACAAAAAGCUUGGAAAUCUGUACUUUUUUCCUUUGUCAAAUGUUUUUUGGUAGUCCCAGAGAGGGUUCAAACACUGUAUAUCAUUUCUAUUGACCAUGCUCUGAUUUGUUUUGGUUUGGCAACCCAAUGGGUGAUAUCCUUUUAACAAUACUACUGCCAGAAAUGCAUCUUCACAGCCCAAGUAUUUCUGAUGGACUAGAAAGAGGAAAUUUUUCACAAACCAUCAGCAGCAUCUCCCUCUUAGUGCUACUGGGAUAGAGUUGCUGCCCAGCCUUUGAGGACAGGAAGAGGCAGAGGGGUGCUGGUAGUGUGGAGCAGGGGCAUCAGAGAUGUGUACAAUGAAGAAUAAGGUCAGUGUGGAUAAUGCUGUGGUGGUGUUAGCACCUGACAGUCUGAUGUCAUCCAUUGCUGGAUUUAAAGGAUAACAUGUGGUGCUUUUACUUCAUAACCCUGGUUUAUGCAUGGUGAUGCUGAACUCAUAGAGCCUGGUUACAGGUGCAGAAUUCACAGACAAAUUUGCACCAUAGGUUGUAUCCACUUGUCAAUAGAGCUUACAUGGUAUUCUUAAAGGACAUAAACCUUGGUAUUUUGAACCACUGCUAGGAAAGGCCAUCAAAGGGAACUAGGAGGACUACUGAUUUGCAGUAGUCACCAGGUGCAACAGCUGUAAAUGUGUAUAAUUUAAUCACAUGCAUGCAUCCUGUUUAAGUAAAACUACUGUCCUAAUGAGGUAGAAAUCCAUACUGUUUGUUAUUUUUAUGCUGUACUGUUUUUCUGAGAUGUGCAUAAAACUAUAGCUGUCUGUAUUUUAUUUUCCUGAUGUUUUCUGAGGUAUUAUGAUUUGUGUACUUAAAAUAUUUUUGGAAGAGAAUGCCUCACAUUCUAACACAUACAUUUUGAAGGAGAGGUAAGUUAGAGUUGGAAUGUUGUCCCAUACAGUAAACAGACCAGUAAACUGACAUAGAAACCUGUUUUUAUCUGUGUUUCUGUGUUUAAUGCAGAAAUGUACAGCUUCAGUUUUGCAUUUAGAUUUAAGUCCUCCCUUAGUUAAAACACAGUAGUAUAAAUACCAUCCUUUUUUUACCAACCAGACCAAUGGCAAAUCUAGUUACGAACUACUAAAAGAAUUGCAAGGUUUAUCAAAGGAUUAGGGACAAAUGGAUGUCUGACAUCUUGUUUUAAAGAUGGCUUUACAGAAUGCAUCAUCCUCUCUAAAGGGAAAUGUGAUGCAAUAAUAAAAAAUGGAGCUUGGAAGGACUUGAGUCUUCAAAAGUGUGUCACAUCAGCAUGUGAGAAUGACCAUGGAAAAUAAAGAUACUUAUUUUCCUUUUCUGACAGUCUAGUUGGUACAUGGAAUAUAUCAUAAGAUUCACUGGCUGAACUACAAUGUUUUUGUUAGUUUAAAAUAACAGCACACAGGCUUACUUAAGCCACUGCCUUUUUUGAACAUGUGUAAAACAUCUGUCUGGUCUGUUUAAUACUGGAGAAAUAGUAAUAAAAUGGUUGCUGCAUAAAAGUUUUCACACACAAGUUCCAAACCUGGGUUUCCAGUUUCUACUUCUCCAUCUAUUUCAUUGGUGUAGAGACAUUAAGUAGCUUGUUACUGUUGACAUAAGUUAAAUUGUGAUUUACUGUGAGAUCCAAAUGAGGUGUUUUCAUGGGUGGAUUUACAGGAAAUUAUUUUGGAAGCUGAAAUUUCUAAUGUCAUUCAGUCAGACAGAUGAAUUGGGUCUAUGCACUGCAAGACCACAGGUUUUCACUUAGUGUGGUUGCAUUAUCCAAGUUAAAUGAGUUAUUUACAAAAACUGGUAAUAAAAGUAGAUUUUUUUCACCCUGCAAAG